CGGUCGCAGAGUCCGUGUCUCUCCACGUUCACUCCCUACGCUGAAAAAUAGCGAAGCCAGGGAGUGGAGCCGGAGAGUGGUCUUUCUUCCAAGCCGGUGUCCCUUCAGUCCCCCCUUGUCCCCUGGGGGGCGCGAGGUCGUCGCGCCGGGGACGUCGGCCGGGGACGUCACGCCUGCGUCGCUGCCGUCUUGGCCGUGGCUGGCGCGGAGGCCGCCUGCCGUGCGAAUGCUGCGGCGCGGCGGGCGUGGGCUCUUGCUGGGCCUGGCCGCGGCGGUUGCGGCGGCGGCGGCGGCGGCCCGGUGGCUGGGCUGGUGGAGCGGCCGCGCGGGCCUUCGCCUCUUCGUCCCCGAGGAGCUGGCCCGCUACCGCGGCGGCCCCGGGGACCCGGGCCUCUACCUGGCGUUGCUGGGCCGCGUCUACGACGUGUCCUCCGGCCGGAGGCACUACGAGCCUGGGGCCCACUAUAGCGGUUUCGCAGGCCGAGACGCGUCCAGGGCGUUUGUGACUGGGGACUACUCCGAAGCGGGCCUGGUGGAUGACGUAGCUGACUUGUCGUUUUCGGAGGUGCUGGUCCUUCAAAAUUGGCUUUCAUUCUACGAGAAGAAUUACAAAUUUGUUGGAAGGGUGACAGGAAGGUUCUACGGAGAGGACGGCCUCCCCACCCCCGCACUGAGCCGCGUGGAGGCCAUGAUCUCCCAAGGCGCAGAGGCGGGCCGACGGGCGCUGGAGGAGAAGCAGAUAUUCCCACCGUGCAAUGCUGAGUGGAGCUCCAGGAGGGGCGGCCGGCUCUGGUGCUCCCCGGAGAGCGGAGGCGUGAGCAGAGACUGGGUCGGGGUCCCCCGGAAGCUGUACAAGCCAGGAGCCAAGGAGCCCCACUGUGUGUGCGUGAGAACGACCGGACCCCCCAGCGGCCAGGCACCUGGCCUCCCCGCGCACACAAACCGUGGGGACUUGGACCAUCCCGGCCUGGGCGAGUACACGGGCUGCCCACCCCUGGCCAGCAGCUGCUCCUUCCCGCCGUGAGCCAGUGCCCCGGAUGGCGGGGAGCCACAGAGAACCCUGCCUGGGUCUGGACGCUGACGCUUCCGUGGCUGAGGCCAGAGUGUGCCAACCUGCCUGGUCCCCGGUCAGCCUGCUUAUGACCCACUCACCGUCCUUCAGAGCCCUCGGACAGGCGCGCGCCCAGAUCUGAGCCACUAAACUAUCGGGCAUGCUGGGCCCCCCUGCCAGUCAGGGCCCUGGGGGCACCAGCCAAGGAGGGACAGCAUCACUCCCCUACACCUCAGAGACGGGCAGCCGCAUCCAGAGAAGCCCCGGGUCCCCCAGGCUUAUCCGAGCCCGGACCUUACCUCCACCCUGAGCCGGGCCACGUCUAGUUGGAGACGUGGGCGAAACGGGGCGGGCUGAUCCCAGAGGGGGCUGGCUGAUCCCAGAGGGGGCGGCAGAUCCAGACGCCCCUGAGCGACAGUCUGAAGCGAGGAUGAUCUUUCUCAUCAACGUUCAGAAUUAGGUGGGGGAAGCCUGCUUUUUGACGAGAAGUGGCUUCAGCGCCGCGCUGCCACUCCCCUCCAGGGCCAGCCAUCACCCCUGUGCCGACCGACCGACUGGAGGAGCUUCUUCCUGGGGACCUGCCUGCGCCCCCACCCCCUCCUUCCUUGCCGCUCUCCCCCCACCCCCCAUGCACCAAACCCUUGCUUCCCUCCCAAAGGAAACGCUCCUCCGACUCUGAUGCGCCUCUGGCCACCACUGAAACCAUAAGCUCGGGCGUGUGCUUGCGGCCCACGCCCCUUGGCCCCCGCCCGCUGUGUGGCAGGCUGGAUUCUGCCCUCCUCACCCCUCGGCCAUACUGGUCCCGGACUGGCCAUGCUUGAGGACCUCCGAGAAACCCUCCCUUGGCUCUUGCCUGAUCCUUUUUCUCCCCCAGACGCCCUCUGGGCCAAUGAGCGCACCCCCGGGUCUUCUCACUCCGACUUCAGCUGCGUCAGGUUGGCAGCUCUCUGGAGCACUCCCAGGCACCCUGACCCUACGUUUCUAGAAUUUGGUCACCUGGUGAGGUCUCCGUGGCCAUAUACCCCUUGUCACACCAUGUGACGACCCCAGCAACCUCCCCAGCUCCCAGCUGUCCUUUCUUGCCUGGAUGCGGCGAGCGUCCAUGUCCUGCCUCCCACACCACCCUCUGUGCUGCUGUGAGCAGUCACCCUGGACGGCCAGGGCGUUCCCCCCCACACACACACCUUCAGUGACCUCCCACCACCUGUGCACCCUGGCCUGCCAGCUGGGUUUUGUGUCUGUGGCAGCCUUGUUCUGAGAUGACAUCCUGAGUUUCCCAUCGGCCACUCUCCCUGCACAGGGACUGAGGGCUCCCCAGCCUGGUGUCCUGUACCCCUGGUACCCAGCCCGGGGUAAGUGCACAGAUGGGCAGCACCGAGCAGUGGAGCGGGGCCUCGUGUUCCAGGUUCUUGCCCCAACUCAGUGCUGUGUGUGUCCUUCCAUACUGCUCCGUCCCUGCAGGCACCUGGGUGCUGGGGGGUGGGGGGGCAGGGGAGGAUCACCUCAUGGAGGAUACAGUGGGCAGCGGGAGCCCUGCUAGAGCCCCAGAGGCCAUCCUCGGGGUGGGAACAAGGGCCAGUGUGGGGGCUGGCCCAGAGAAGUGCAGACUCUCCCAAAACAAACUGGCAAUGGAAAUGAGCCGAAUGAGACACCUGCCCCCCCAUCCCGGCCUAGUGCAGCCAUGGAGGGCCCCAGGCACCCCACUGCCCCAGCUGCAGGCGGCUCACUUCCUCUUCGCCACCACACGGACUUGACCUUGAAGUGCUCCUCAUGUGGGGUGGCGGGCUCGGGCUUGCUUGGAUGAAGCUCGGGCUUCCUGGGGUGGCAGCUUUCUUCCAGAGGCAGCCUCCGGGGGCAGAGCUCGGCAGAGGAGGCCCCCAGGGCAGUUCUAGCUGGGAAGAUGGCUUGUGAGGGAGAUAAUCCUGGGCGGGGGCUUCAUCUGUUCUCCUUCAACCUGUCUGCUGGCCCUCGGAGGGCCCAGAGCAGGCGCACAGCAGAGCUGAGCUGAGCGGUUCCCCCGCGUCUGCGUCCCGCCCUCUGGGGCAGGGUUGCCCCCCCAGAGGGAGCCAUUCCGGACCACUGCCCACCCCUGACUUGUUUAGCUCUGGGACCUGGAAGGCCCCACACACAGGCUGGACCCUGUCUGUCCCGAAAUCCGUGGUGCCGCUCAGACCAAGAUGAAGCAAACCCUCCGCCCCCGUCAGCUCCCAGUGGAGGGGACCUUGUGUCCUUGCAUCAGAGGCGGGCACGUCACCCAUUUCUGAUGACCUCCCUCGGGGGGGCUGUGAGCCGGGAAGGACUGGUCACCGCUCCCACUCCACGGAUGCAGGCACUAAGGCCCCGAGGCCCGGGAACUUGCCAGUACUGUCGGUGCGUCAGGAACAGCAGAGCGGAGAGCCAGCGCCCUCCCCUCGCUGGGCAGUGCAGGGUCUGUGCCGGCCCCGUUCUCGGGGUUCUCAUGGGUUCACACACCUUCCGACUAGCCUUCCCCUCCAGGGCGGCUGUGAGGGUUACGCGGGCUUGUCCCCUGGAGGCACUUAACCGUGCCUGUCAGCCGUGAGAGAAGCCAGCAGAGAACGAGCUCCGUCUCCGUCUCCACGGCGGGUCUGAACCCCGGGGGGACAGGCUGGAAGACGGAAGACCAGCACACGCGAGGGCCCGGGGCGUGGCAAGAGUCGCAGGAUUUGUUCAGGGGCUCUGUGAGCCCCUCAGCUCUGGUCCUCGAGUCCCCGAACUUCCCCUAGUCUUCUUGGAAUCCGCCCGCUAGACCAGGGCGAGCAGAACGCUGCCUGGGGCCGGGACCGAGGGAGGGGUCGGAGAGGAAGCGUGGCUGCCUGGGCUGAUGUCGGCCCCGGGCACGUCCAGGUGGCUGGUCGCUCACGCCUAGUACAGGUACUUUGGGACUGCGGCCAUCAACGUGCUUCCAAAAAGUGCUGGAAAUUCCAACUUUCCUAGAGGGUGAGCUAUUCAAGAAGUGGGUUCACAUGUCAGGAGUUAAAAAUCCGUUUUUAAUGCUUAUUGGUAUUUCUGCAUUAAAAAGUGACUACAAAUG